UUCAUCUCUUCAUUCUCCAUUUCUAUAUCCAUUUUCACAUUCUCCAAUUCCUCUGCGGACGGAGUUAAUUUCCAUUUCCAUUUUCUUCUAAUUAAUAACUUUAAUUGAUUCUCGAGUUUGAUUUUGCGGAUUUGAUUUGUGGAAAAUGGCUGCUGUGACCUCGUUUCCUCAGAUUAACGAUAUUGAGUCAGUGAGCUUCGAUGUUGAUAAGCUUACUUAUGAGAUCUUCUCCAUUCUGGAAAAUAAGUUUCUGUUUGGCUGUGAUGAUUCAGAUCCGAAGCUACAUGUGGCUGCUCAGGCUCCGAUGGAUGGUAAUGGCUUGAAAUCUGGAAAGCAGAACUCAGGGAAGGUCAGGAUUCUGAGUAUUGAUGGUGGAGGUUCCACCGACGGAAUUCUUGCCGCUAAGUCACUUGCAUAUCUUGAGGAUUUUCUCCGUUGGAAGUCGGGAAAGCCUGAUGCGCGCAUUGCCGACUAUUUUGAUGUGGUUGCUGGUUCUGGAGCGGGAGGCAUUCUCGCGGCGUUGCUGUUUACAAGGGGGAAAGACGGUUGUCCUCUGUUUACGGCGGAUGGAGCUUUGAAUUUUCUGAUUAAGAACCGUCGGGAGAUUUUCCGGUCAUCAGAUGGAGGAAUUUUCCGACGAGUGUUUCGCCCGACGAAGGUGGAGAAGUUGUUCCGCAAGACGUUUGGAGAGUGCACGUUGAAGGACACGUUGAAGUCGGUUUUGAUUCCGUGCUAUGAUCUCUCCACGCGAGCGCCAUUCCUGUUUUCUCGUGCCGACGCUCACGAAAUGGACGGUUAUGAUUUCAAGAUUCGCGACGUUUGUAUUGCGACGUCUGCAGAACCGACGGUCUCUGGAGCCAUCGAAAUGUCGUCUGUCGACAAGCGAACGAAAAUCUCCGCCGUUGACGGCGGCAUAGCGAUGAACAACCCGACGGCGGCCGCCAUUACUCAUGUGUUGAACAAUAAACAAGAAUUUCCGUUCUGCAACAGCGUCGAAGAUCUCCUCGUAGUAUCUCUCGGAAACGGAGAGUCGGAUUUCGGCGCCGUAAACCUAAAUUCAUCGCCGGCCUCGUUCACAAGGAUCGCCGGAGAAGGAGCUUCCGACGUGGUUGAUCAAGCUGUUUCUAUGGCAUUUGGUCCGCACAGGACAACCAAUUAUAUCCGUAUUCAGGGAAAUGGGAUUGUAGGAAAGAGCAAGUAUGGUGGGGGUUUGGAGAAGGGAAAAAGAGGGCAAAAGAGCACAAACAUAUUGGAAAAAGCAGAUGAAAUGCUAACACAGAAGAACAUAGAAGCUGUUUUAUUCAAAGGAAAGAAGAUGAUUGAGAACACAAAUUUAGAGAAACUAGAGGCUUUUGCUGGAGAAGUAAUCAAAGAACAAGAGAGGAGAAAAACCAGCAUUCUCCCAACUGUAUUAUUGAAACAGGCAUUUCCAUCUCCAAGAACAUCCUCUGCUUCAGCCACCACACUCUCCACUAUUUCCUCCUGCUAAUCAUUUCAAACCAAACCCAAAACACUCUGAAUUUGGACGUUAGUUUAGUUUCUAUAUAAUUAAGAACCCCCAUAUGAUCAAAUUUGUGUAUUAUGCUGCUUAUUCUGCUGCCGCUCGCGAUGAAAUGGAAACGUCCGAGUCUGAGCUGAGCUGCAUUUUUUUUCUUCUUCUUUUAUCUGAAUCCUUUUGGGGUGUGGUUGUUGAUUAAUCACUACUAGACAUUCGCAAAUAUGAGGGCUCUCCAAAUGCCCAUUGUAUAGUAUAAGAAAAACUGAGAGAUUUUUAUUUAUUUUUUCAUUUUUUAUGGGAAGAGUGUGAUUUUAGAGUAGAAAGUGAGACCGAGAGAGAGAGAGGUUUGAGUUUUGUGUAAUUUUACAUAAUAUCCCGUUGGAAAAAUUGGGUAGUAACCUUUUUCUUAUAUUGUAUUCAAAUCGUGAUGAUUUAUUAUGUUCUUAAUCACUACCGGACAAAGGACAAGGGGUCCUUUCAAAAAAAAAAAAAAAAAAAA